UCCGGGCGGCGCGGUGCAUUGUGGGGUGGCGGCGGCGGCGUUGGGCUGGGGUGCGCCUCGUUCGGAGAGCCGGGGCCAUGGCAUCCUGUACAGCUCUUUCGUCCAGCAUCGUGGAGUAUUUUCAGGGCGAUGGCUUUUACCGCUGUGGUUAUUGCAAGAACGAGUCGGGGAGUCGCUCCAAUGGCAUGUGGGCACAUUCCAUGACAGUACAGGACUAUCAGGAUCUCAUAGACCGAGGAUGGCGGAGAAGUGGGAAGUAUGUGUACAAGCCUGUGAUGAAUGAAACAUGUUGUCCUCAGUACACAAUAAGGUGCCGACCUUUACAGUUCCAGCCAUCAAAAUCUCACAAGAAGGUUUUGAAAAAAAUGUUGAAAUUUCUGGCUAAAGGGGAGAUUUCCAAAGGAAAUUGUGAGGGUGAGCCUAUGGAGCCCCUGAUGGAGGACACCAUCGCUGGUGACGUUGCGUUAAUAAAUAAAUUGGAUGUACAGUGCGGCCUUACGAAGCUUGGUGAUAACCUCAAAGAGAGGGAAGAGAAGAAAGGCAAAAGUGCGAAGAAAGCAGAAUCUUGUGAAUUAAUUCAGUCACAAGAUAAAAGAGCGAAGCUGGGCUCUGGGGAGCCGGCGCAGUCGGUUGCAGUGCCCACAGCUCCGAAGCCAGGUAAGGGGGCAGAUUUGAGUAAGCCCCCAUGUCGGAAAGCAAAGGAAAUCCGGAAAGAAAGGAAGAGGUUGAAACUCAUGCAGCAGAACACAGCUGGCGAGCGUGAGGGUUUGCAGGCUCAGCGGGAACCGCCGUCCUUAUUCUCACCAGAGGCUAAAUCCAACCAGCCCAAAGCACUCGAAGAUUUAAUUUUUGAAUCUUUACCAGAGAAUGCAUCACAUAAAUUAGAGGUGAGGCUGGUGAGAUCAUCUCCACCAAGUUCUCAGUUCAAAGCUACAAUGCUGGAGUCGUACCAGGUCUAUAAACGUUACCAGAUGGUUAUUCACAACCACCCACCUGAUAAACCAACUAUAAGCCAGGUGAGGUUAGUACCUGUCUCCUUUGAGGACCCAGAGUUCAAGUCGUCCUUCAGCCAGUCACUUUCUUUAUAUGUCAAGUAUCAAAUGGCCAUACACCAGGAUUCGCCUGAUGAAUGUGGGAAGACUGAGUUCACAAGAUUCCUUUGCAGCUCACCUUUGGAGCCAGAAACCCCCCCGAACGGACCAGACUGUGGUUAUGGCUCAUUUCACCAGCAGUAUUGGCUCGACGGCAGGAUCGUUGCCGUGGGGGUGAUCGACAUCCUUCCGUACUGCGUGUCCUCCGUGUAUUUGUACUACGACCCCGAGUAUUCGUUUCUCUCCUUGGGGGUCUACUCUGCACUACGAGAAAUUGCUUUCACUAAGCAGCUUCAUGAGCAAACACCUCAACUCAGCUAUUACUACAUGGGUUUCUACAUUCAUUCGUGUCCCAAGAUGAAGUAUAAGGGUCAUUAUAGACCUUCUGAUUUGCUGUGUCCUGAGACAUACGUUUGGGUACCCAUCGAGCAGUGCCUGCCUGCACUGGAGAACUCCAAGUACUGCCGCUUCAACCAGGACCCCAAAGCAGUGGAUGAAGGUCGCAGUCAGGAGCCCGACCGCGUGCAGGUGUUCUACAGGAAAGCCAUCAUGCCUUACGGCGUCUACAAGAAACAACGCAGAGACGCCAGCGAGGAGGCCGACGUGCUGCAGUACGCGAGCCUGGUCGGGCAGGCGUGCGCCGAGCGGAUGCUGCUGUUCCGGAGCUGAGCCCGUUCCGGAGCUGAGCCCGUUCCGGAGCUGAGCCCGUUCCGGAGCUGAGCCCGUUCCGGAGCUGAGCCCGCACCCUGCCCGGUGCCUGGUGCCCCUGCCCAAUGCGUCCCUCGGGGAGCCCCGUGUGCACCCACAGAUACGACUUUAUUUUGACUAUUACAUGGCUUUUCUAAGCUGUUUAUGGCAAUGUAUUUGUGAGAAUCUCAUGGUUAAUAUAGAGAUUUAAAAAAUAUAUAACCUAGCCUCAUAAUCGGGGUUUAUCGCUUUGGAAGUUUGUUUUAUGAACAAGAUGUGGUAAACUGCUCUUACUGUUAAUAUUUUGGAAAGUAAAAUUAAUACGUAAAUCUCAAAUACCUUAAAUUACAGUUGCGCUUUUUUGUUCUGUUAGAAAUCAAAACAGGCUGUCUCCUCAAAUCCAUUUAAAACAUUGGUUUAUGCUUUAAAAAUAAAAAGCCCUUCAGUGUGGGGAAGAAGGUGGGGAGUCUGUUUCAUCGCUUAGAAAGUGUCCUCUCGAGAGGACGGAGCUGCUGUUGCUCCGCUUUCGAGUGUCGGUCACUGCGGAAUGUCAGGUAGUCUAACCAGAGAAACAAGGUGCAGACUGCAGCAGAAAGGUGUCUGGACGUCGGCCGGCUGCCUACCCGCGGCAGCCCCGCUCAUGUCCGCUCACGUCCGCCGUCCUGGCCUGGUUUUCUCCCGGAAAAAUGGUUGCUGGUGUUUUUAAAAAUCCAAGAAAGGGCGGUUUAUAAAGAAAAACGUUGGCCCCUGCCUUCACCUAGGCCUCAUUCCUUGAACUCAGGACACUUGUCUUCGGUUGUUGAUUUAGAAUUAGCUAGUAGUCUGACAGUGCUUUUAGAGCUGUGCGACAAGUCGCAUCUGAGUAGGUGGGAAGGCUUCUGACCUCUGUUCCGGGGAGGGGUGGAGCUGCAUCGCCUGCCCUUUGAUUUGGGCCCCCUGGAGGAGGAGGGGCACCGGGCGCUGGAAGCAGAGGCUGCCCCCCUUGUCCUUGUACCUUCUUUUGUUUGGCUCUUUGCCCCUGGAGCAGAUGCCCCUCGUCCGCCACCGUCCAGGUGGCGGUCACUGUGCUGGGCGAAAGUCCCGGUGAGCUGUGUGGAGGCGGUGCGGACAGAGGGUUCCUUCCCUGGGCGCUUUCUCAGCUGGUCCCCGUCCGCUCUGGUGGCUGCUCAGCCCCUUUUACCCAUUUUGCCCGUUUGUCUGUUGUCUGUGUGUGGAUCUUUUUGAAGCCAUAUCAUAAAGCUUAGCAGUUUGAAUCUCUCUGAUGACUUAAAAUUGUCCUUCUAGAUGCACUGAAUACAACAUAAAAUAAUAUCAACCAGCUAGAAGAAAAGGAAGGCUCAUAAAACAGUGAUUUUAAAAGUCAGCUGUCUAGAAAUUCAGCAUCCAAAUAAACUGUAUUCAUUCAGACCUGCCACGUGCAAAUACUUGGCAGACUGGGGAUAGAGUCGUGAGCACAGCCGUUCUCUCUGACAGCGUGGAUUUUACUACUUCUGGGGUUUUCUUUUUCAUAGUCUCCCAGGAGCAUUUAAUUGACUCUUAUUUGGAAUUGCCUUCAGAAUCUGUGGAAUAUUUUUUCUUUUCCCCUCUAAAAUGAAAAGAGCUUAAUUUUCUAUUACAAAAAUGACACUGUAGGCAAUUAAAAUAUUAAGAAAAUAUAAAUAAGAAAGUAAAAAUAAUCGGAAAUCUCGCUACAGAGAGAAUUGUAUAGACAUACACAUACACAAUAUAUAUAUAUGUGUGUAUAUACACACACACACACAUAUAUAUAAUUUUAUUAUAGGGAGAAUCACAUUCCACCUGCUGUGUUUUCUCUCAGUAGUAAGUUACGGGCACCUGAACUUGGAAAGCAGUUUGAGCUGGGAUUUCAGGAGUGUUGUGAGCAGCCUGAGCAUCAUCGCAGAGAGGCAGGGUCCAGCUGUGGGGCUCGUGGCGUGGGGGGACCGGGCUGGCAUCACAGCCGCUUCCAUCUGAGCGGGGAGUGUGCGGAGUGGUAUUGAGAGGUCACAGCUCUUGAAUGGCCAGUGAAGAGACAGCUUGCGUCUUAAGCAGCGCUGGUUUCUUCCUACGAGCCCCCCAGGGCUCCUUCAGAGGAGAAUGACUGGUCACCCCUGUCUGGGGACUGAGGUGCUAUUCCUACGUGUGGCCUUCACUCGGCUCCAGUGAAGCUGCAGGGAGAGCCGGGCAUGGUGAUUCUCCUGCUUGGUCGGUUGCUCUACUCACGUGUUGGGUUUUUGUUUGUUUUAUUUUACUUUUUGAGAACAGAUAGUGUAUUAAUCCUGAUAAGCAACAUUUCUUGAAAAGACACUUUCCUUUUGACUUCUAGCUCAGUGUUGCUAGUGGGCCAAAGGGGCACAACCGGGGAGAGUGAGCGAUUUGGGCAGCUGACCGGCAGUCUGGCUGAGACGUCCGGCGGUGCGUUCAUGGCUGUCAUCUACAGACGGACACAAGACCCUCUCAGGGACAGCUGAUAGCUUUGCAAAGCCGGAAGCUUUGUGUUUAUCAUCUUAGCAGUGUGUUCCCUUCCUGAUUUCAAAUAAAUUCAGGCCUGCCUUCCUGUCCCGGGGCGGAAAUGUAAUGGAGAUUCCCCAUGCUGCCAUCUUUAUUGAAAUUAUUUCAGUUCUGUUGAGAUUUUUGUUCUCUUAUUUUUCAAAAGUGUACUCUGAGCACUUUUUAUUUUCUAAAAGAUAGAAGCUAUUAUCAGAUAAAUAUAUUAUUCAUUUGGUUAAAAUUAUGUUUGCUUUCAAACAGCUUAUCUUUGUAUCCAUUUUGCAAACUAUUAGUUGUGUGUGGUUGCUUAACAUAUUGGAAUCUUUUAUGUAAACGAACUUUCCAGAAUUCUGAGCAAUACAAAGUUGGAUUUUAUAGGGCUGUAUGUUCAGUAUGAAUAAAGCUGAGAAAGGGUGUGAUGACCAGUUACCUGAA